AUGAAAAUCGACAGUCAACAGGCCAAAAAAAGGAAAGUAGAGGAAUGCAUCACAAUGCCUGAAGGAGAAACAGAAGAGACAUGUAAAGAACAUAUAGAAGCUCUUAAAAAAGAAAUGGCUCGCAAAACCAAUAGGAAUAUGGCAGUGGUUAAAGAGCUGAUGGCAUUAACAUUUGCAUGCAGGCGGACAGCAUUUUUGAAAGGAACAAUGUCUGUUGGCGAAUGUUUGGAAAGCUACCCAGCAUUGAAGCUACCAUCACCAGUAAGUUGUUCAAGUUUAAAAUUCUACAAAAUUGGCACAAAGUUAUUUUAUGACACGUAUUUAACUCUUAUACUGAGGGACGCCGGAACAGGAGGGACAGCUGUCCCCCUUGCCUUUUAAUGGGGGGGGGGGUGCAGGGGUGCCCUUUCAAUAUUGGGGAGAUAUUUUCUUUGUGAAGCCUUAUUAUUGUCAGCGGUUUUUAGGAUUUUCUCUUGGGUCCGUUUUUGCAGAGAGGAUUGAGUUUAGCUGACCAGCUGGGGGUGUGGUGCAGCUGCGGGAGACUGACACGUGUACACAAUAAGUGUAGUUGAGACGCAAUAUGUUAAAGCAGACAUUAUAAACUGGUUGAAUAUGGCAAAUGCAUUGUUUUUCUUGUGUUGUGAAUUGAAUUCCAGCCAUUUUUGCUUGAUUGUCGGGUUUCCACACGUCACGAAUUUAGCUCAGACAACUUCAUUUUUACUGCACUGAAUCUUUUGGUGAGAAAAUUGAGUUUCAAAACUCAAUUCAAGAUUGAGAUUUUGGGGCCAUUUUAGGGUCGUAAAAAAUCCCUGAAAAAACCCCUUGAUUGUCCGAAUGUGGGCUUGGCUUCUUAGGUGUCUUUAGCUUCCAUUUCCAACAAAUCAAUUAAGCAAUACAUGGCUUAGAAGCUUGGUACAAUUAUAUUUGUCUGGAAUUUUAAAAUGGUGAGAUUUAAUAUUUCUUUUCAAACAUUGAUUUUAUGCGAGAACAAAAACUGUCAGUGGUAACACUGGCAAGAAAUAUGCAUGUCGUUCUGUCAGGUUUUCAAUACUAAGCUAUCAAUAAAGAUAAGUGCUGAGAAUGUGCCCUUCGCCAAAAAUUCACCCGGCCCCCUUGCCUUAAUUUCUAUCAUUCUGGCGUCCUUGCUUAUUCUAAGUUCUGUAUUUCCUAGUCGCCUUGGCUUAAUUAGCCAGAUGAUUCUAACAAAUAUCUAUUUCAGCUAAUGCUGUGAGCAGCAAUUAGAAGAUCUGUCUGAAUGUAUCAUACAGUGUGCAUUAUUAAGCAACUUCUAGCUUAUUGCUUAUGUUUAUUCAACUAAGGUGAAAGAAGAAUUUGGUCGCAUAAUGGGAAAGCCAAACCCAGUAAAGUGUAUGGCCAAUACAUUUAAAGAAGUGUGGGUGCAGAAAAUUCUUAAGUAUGGUUUGACGCAAACAGUGGGGAAUUCAAUAAAGGCUUCAAUUGACGAGGCCGGUCAAGAUAAUCCAAACAAGAAAAGUGGUAAUAUAAUGAUAUAUGAUAUCAAUUUGUAG